UUUAAUUGAUGACUAUAGGUAAAAAGAAAUUGAUGUAUGACGCAUGCAUGAAUCACCUCUCUGUGUCUCAAAUAGCCAUGUGAGGAAACCCCUUUCCUGAGCUGUCUAUUCUUAAAGGGAAGUGAAUACUUGCUUGUACAGCACUUUGUUUUUCUUUUCAUGCAGACUCCACAGUCAGCACAUACACUUACAGCAUGAACCACUCGACCGAUCUGCCCUCUUCAGUGGAAAUGGCCCCUGAGGCGUUUGAUGGCGGGACAGUAUAUGUGUGUGUGAUCCUGGGUCUGUCAUUCCUGAUAGGAGCUCCGGGGAAUCUGCUGGUGAUCUGGACUAUCCUGAGACAUGUGAAGCAGCGCUCCCACACUGUGCUGCUCAUCCUGCAUCUGGCUGUAGCUGACCUGCUGGUCCUCAUCACCCUGCCUCUUUGGAUCUACUCCCUGGCCCACUACUGGGUGUUUGGAGAAGCAUUCUGCAAAGCCAUGGUGUUCAUGAUCAACGCCUGUAUGUAUAGCAGCGUUUUCUUCAUUACCCUCAUGAGUGUGGAGCGCUUUGUGGCUGUGCGCUAUCCGUUUGCCUCAGCUGGCUGGAAGAGAAAGAAAGCUUUGGAUAAAGUUCUGCUGGUUCUGUGGACUGCAGCAUUCUUGUUCAGCAUACCUGUCAUCCCAACUCAGGUGGUAGGGACAGAUUCUGGUGAGGAGCACUGUCUAUACCGGCUGUACACUUCUGUGGCCCAGGAGCUGUGGUGUGUGCUGCUGGAAACCCUGGUGGGCUACAUAAUACCCUUCUUCAUCCUCAUCGUCUGCUAUGGCUGUCUGUGCAGCCGGAUUACUCAGAUGACCUUCAAGUCCAAGCGCAAAUCCACUGUCCUGAUUGCCAGUGUCGUGGUAGUGUUUGCCAUUUGUUGGACGCCUCAUCAUAUAGGAAAUGUCCUUUCAGUCAUCAUCCUGGCCAUUGAAGACUCCCUACCUCAGGCAGCAGAGAAUCUGGAAAGUGUCAGGUACACCAUGACCUUCAUCGCUGGAGCCAUGGUCUUCAUCAGCAGCACUGUUAACCCCAUCCUCUACAUGUUCGCAGCUCGCUCCUUCAGGAGCUCUCUGAGGGACACCGGCAUCCAGAAGCUCUUCCGCCAUAUCUCCAGCACCUCCCCAGGUGAGGGCACUAAAGAAUUGUCCUUUGUGACCAAAAGACAGAGCAAUCAAACAACCAACAGUUCUCACUGUGAGUCUGAGCCAAAAGACCAAAUGGACAUAUUAAUAAAUAUGUGCGAAAAUAAUCCAUCCUGAUAUUUAAAUUGUAUGUAGUGUCUGUGCCGUGUGUAUAUUCAUGUGUGUAUUUUAAAUGUAUUUUUUUAAAGAAAUAAAGGGGCUUUUUUCUGUGAUUAAACUAAUUUUGUAUGAUAUUACAACACAGAAAAACAGGAAGUGGAAGUGUAUCUGUGCAAUGCUUGUUGAAAUCUGUAAAUUACCUUUUUUAAAUGUUGAAAUUGUGAACAUAUAUUUAUAAAAAUGUCCCAUAUUGUGUAGUUAAAUGUUUGCGGUAUAGUUUUCAAAAAUUGCACAAUAAAUGAUGCUAUAAGCAAU